CGUAGUCAAGUGGCCGGUGGAAUUGGCCCAGGAUGACAGCUGGAGAAUGGAGUCAGUUUUAUCCAAGUAUGAAAACCAGAUUACUAUUUUCGCUGACUACCUAGAAGAAUUUCCAGAUACAGAUGAGCUGGUAUGGAUCUUGGGGAAACAGCAUCUUCUUAAAACCGAAAAAUCUAAGCUGUUGUCUGAUAUAAGUGCUCGUCUAUGGUUUACAUACAGAAGGAAAUUUUCACCAAUUGGGGGAACGGGCCCUUCGUCAGACGCCGGCUGGGGAUGUAUGCUACGCUGUGGACAGAUGAUGCUGGCUCAAGCCCUUAUCUGCAGACACUUGGGCAGGGACUGGAACUGGGAGAAACAGAAAGAACAACCCAAAGAAUACCAACGAAUCCUACAGUGCUUCCUAGAUAGAAAAGACUGUUGCUACUCUAUCCAUCAAAUGGCACAGAUGGGUGUAGGAGAAGGGAAAUCAAUUGGCGAAUGGUUUGGACCAAAUACAGUUGCACAGGUGUUAAAAAAACUUGCUUUAUUUGAUGAAUGGAAUUCCUUGGCUGUUUAUGUUUCAAUGGAUAACACCGUGGUUAUUGAAGAUAUCAAAAAAAUGUGCCGCACCCUCCCCUUGAGUGCCGAAACAGCUGCUGAGAGCCCCCCUGAGUCUCUGAAUGCUUCGACCCAGAGUAAGGGCCCCUCUGCCUGCUCUCCAGCCUGGAAACCCUUGCUGCUCAUUGUGCCCCUCCGCCUGGGCAUAAACCAAAUCAAUCCCGUCUAUGUCGACGCCUUCAAAGAGUGUUUUAAGAUGCCACAGUCUUUAGGGGCAUUAGGAGGAAAACCAAAUAACGCCUAUUAUUUCAUAGGAUUCUUAGGCGAUGAGCUCAUUUUCCUGGACCCUCACACAACCCAGACCUUUGUUGACACUGAGGAGAACGGAACAGUUGACGACCAGACUUUCCAUUGUCUGCAACCUCCACAGCGAAUGAACAUCCUGAACUUGGAUCCUUCCGUAGCAUUGGAAAUUCUAAAGGAAAAUUUAAGGAUGUUUGAAUUAGUUCAGAAACAUCCAUCACACUGGCCUCCCUUUGUUCCUCCAGCCAAGCCAGAAGUGACAACCACAGGGGCAGAAUUCAUCGACUCUACUGAACAACUAGAGGAGUUUGACCUGGAGGAAGAUUUCGAGAUUCUGAGCAUAUAGAAUAGUGGGAACUCACCUUGGACAUCUGUCUUCCAUCUGGCACCAGAAGAACAUGAACUCAUCACAUAAAACUUUUCUAGUCAGCAAGUGCCUGAUAUGCCAACAGCAUACAAACUUGAUAGCGAUCAUGACUGAGCCAAUCACCUUUUCUCAGAAAAAAACAAACAAGUGAACAAUAUACCCCUUCCCCAGAAAGAACUAAAACAAUCAUGGAAUCUAGGAGCAGAAAGAUUAGGAGUCGUCUCUUGCACUUCCCAGCUUCUUACAUGGCCACAGCGAAUCUUCAGCUACUGAAAUGAGGAGGUGGAUGUCUGGAAGAUAGGCAGCAACUCCCACCUUGCUUCCAGCACCAGCAGAUGAGAGAUGAUUACCCUGUGCUUCUUCACCCUUUCAGGUUUGACCUCUCUGGGCUAAAUACUAAGAAGCAAUCUGUUCUCUUGCUCUAAUAAUAAAGUGAUAAUCAUUGUAUCAGGGAAAAAAAGUUCUUGUUAAGUUAUUUGAAUAUGUAUUUAAAUAAUUAUAAUUGAUCUCAAAAAGUGUGUCAAAGACAUUACAUCUCAUUACAUUGAUCUCCUUCCUGUUUGAGAGAACCUUAACUAUUUGAUGGGUCACUGUCCCCAUCUUUACUGAUACUUUUGUCAGAUGGUCACCCUGUCCUUAAAUCAUUAUCACUUAAAUCAGGGGUCUGCAAACUUUUUCUGUCAAGGGUCAGAUAGGAAAUGUUUUAGGCUCUGAAGACCACAUAGUGUCUGUCACAGCUACUCAUCUCUGCUGGUGAAACCCCAAGACAGCCAUAGACAAUGUGCAUGCACAUGAGCCUGGCCGUAAUCCAAUAAAACUUUAUUUACAAAAACAGGCAGAGGGCUGGAUUUAGCUCACAGGCUGUAGUUUGCUAAUCACUGACUUAAAUUGUUGAUUUUUGUUUGGGAAAUUAAAAAUUGUGUUUGAAUUUGACUCCAUUUUGCUUGACAGUCAUAACUGGAAAGAAUUAUUCAUGUGGUGACAUUAAUCUGUGCAUCAAAUACAAUUCCAAACCGUUUCAGGACUAGCAAGCAACAUACUAAAUUUGAAAGCACAUAUUCGUCAAAUUGGCUUUGCUAACCAGUCUCCUGUGUGGAUGCACCUCAUGUCCCAGUGGUAUCUUCCCCUUUUCCUCUCCUUGUCUUCUUAACCUAUGCAUUUCACCUCCAUGCUCAACCAAGCCCCCAGGAAGGCCAGCAACUGCGGUUUGAAAGCUAGCACCAAACCAAGGUGGGUUUUUUUGUGUGGUAUAUUUAGGAAUAUUUGAACACUUGUUUCCUUAGAUUCCAUUUUUUUCUUUUCCAGUAGAUAAUAUAUUCCAGCGGUUCAGAAUUCGAAAGGUGCAAAAUGGUAUUCAGUGAAAUGUCUCUCCCU